GCCUCCCAUUGCUGCUGCCAGGCCCGUAAUCUGCCAUGGGCCCCCGUACCGCCUCCUCAUGCUGCUGCCAGGCCCGUAAUCUGCCAUGGGCCCCUGUACCGCCUCCUAAUGCUGCUGCCAGGUCCAGAGUGUGUCAUGGGUCCCUGUACGGCCUCCCAUUGCUGCUGUCUCCAUCGCCACACUCUGCCAUGUGCCACUUUCAGGUCUCCUCACACUGCUGGUGGGUUCCAUUUUUGUCAUAGGGUGCUGUAUGGCCUCCCAUUGCUGCUGCCUCCACCGCCACACUGUGGCUCCACACUCUGGUUUUGGCCCCGUGACUGCCCAAAUGAGUGAAGUGUGCGGUGAUUCUAAGAUCGACGGCACUCAUCUGCAUGUCAUACUGACUGACAGUAUUAGUUCUCUUCCCCAGCAGACUCCAAGGGCAUUUAAAUUAAAGGUACAAUGUUCUGCACUAAUAUGA